AUGAUGCUUUAUUUUAUUGUGUUGGCAUUGGGUUGCAUUGCUAGUAUUGGAAAAUGUAAGUAUAAUUUACAACAUUCUGGAAAAUUAAUAUUAACAGAGCAAUUAAAUAGUAUUUCUAACAUUCGUGUUAUAAAUGAUGAAUCGUCGAUAAAAUUAGAAACAGAAUACUUGAUGAACUUCCCGGUAUAUUGUAUACCUUAUAUUGCAAUUGAUAAUAAUAGUCAACAAAAUAAAAAAACAAUAUAUUAUAUAAAACACGAGUUUCAAAAUUCUUUAUAUUUAUACAAAAAUAAUAUGAAUUUAGCCCCAAUAACAUUUAAUGAUAAAUAUUAUAUAACAGGAAUGGCUGCUAAUAAUGGAUUAUUAAUAGUUAUAGUAGAUGUUGAUAUAUAUAAAUUUGAUAAUGAAAAAAAAAUAUUUUCAGCAUUAAAUGUAAAUGAUGAAAAAUAUGAUAGAAUAUUUAACAAUGAUCAAAUGUAUUAUACAGGAAUAAUAUCUGAUAUUAUUGAAAAUCAUUUUUUUUUAAUAUGUACAAUUAAAGAUAAAUAUUUUAUUGCUCAUAUAAAAUAUGAUGAAAAUACAGGUUAUAUUAAUGUAAUAAAUGUUAUUGAAAAAUUAAAUGGAAAGCAAUUAACAGUUGUUAAUUCAAUUAGUAUUAUAGAAAAUCGUUUAUAUGUAUCUGAAAAUGCAGAAAAUAUUUACCAAGUUAUAAUUGAUAGAAAAGAAAAAAAAAAUAAUAGUAAUAUAAAAGCUAUGAAUAUUUAUUCUUUUGCAAAUAAAAAUGAAAAAAUAUUAGGAUUAAGUGCUAAAAUGAUUUCAAACCCAAUGACAAAUAAACUUACUGAUUAUUUAAUUAUUAAUACAAAAAAAAUAUCAAACGACAAGCCAUCUUCUGAAAAUUGUGUUUAUUUAAUGAAUGUAAAUAUAAGUAAUAAUAAACAAAUCGAAUUUUAUAAUAUUAUAGAUUUAUAUAGUUCAGAUAUUAAUCCUAUGUAUUUUAAUGUAUUUGAUAUAUAUAUUUCUAUGGAUAGUCGUAAAGAUCCAGAAAAACAGAAAUUAUGGAUGAAGCAAUUAAAAAGUAAUAAACCAAAAUAUUUAAAUAUGCCUAAUAAACAAGUUGAUGAAAAUAAAGAAAAUAUAGAAGAUGAAAAAUAUAUGUUAGAAAUAUUAUGGACAAAUCAAUUUAAUUGUACAAUAAAUAAAGGAAGUAUAGAUCUUAGAAAUGUCAAAUCAGUAUCAAACAAUAAUAAUGAAAUAAAAAAAAUUCCAAUUAAAAAAAUAAAUAAUCAUUUUUCAACAUCUCCUAAUGUAACAUGUUCAAGUACUUGUCCAAAAGAAAAUAAAAUGCUUGAUGAAAUAUGCUAUUAUGAUUCUCAAAAAAAUUAUGUUAGUAGUUUAAACACUUUAGAAACAUAUAAUGAUAAUUAUACUGGUAAUAUUAUAUUUGACGGAUUAAAAAAUUAUAUAGCAUUUGAUUAUAAGUCGUCAAAAGGUAUACAUUUAUUAUCAUACCCAUUAAAUAAUUUAAUUUAUAUAUAUUUAAAAAAUGGAAAUAUAAAAAUAAGUUUACCACAACCAUUUGGAUUAACGAUAGAUAAAUAUAAUAAUACAUAUAACGAAAUAAUUGUGUAUGUAGCUUGUAAUGAUGAAGAAAAAAAUUAUAUUAAUAAAUGUGUUAUAAAUCAAAUAGACAAAUCAUAUCAAUGUUAUAAUAUUUACAAAAAAAAAAAAGAAAAUAAUGAAUUAUUUCAAUAUAUUUCAUAUAUUACCCAUAAAAGUAAUAAUAAUGAAGAAAAUCAUUAUAUAUAUGUUUCUAAUAAUAAAAAAUCUAUAUAUAAGUUAGAAAAAAAUGGAAAAAAAUGGAUAUUUAGUGAAUGGCUAACUUUAGAAAACCCAAAUCAACGUACUGGUCCCGUUUCUACAUUAUUAAAUUAUUUUUAUGUUCAUAAAAAUAUGUUAAAUACCUUAAAAACAAAAUAUCCUCAAAAUGAAGUAAUACAAAAACUGAUUACAUCAAAUGAUAGCGAUUUGCAUGUAACAGAUGAUGGGUAUAUCUUUUUACAAAAUUCGCAUACUGUUGUUUUUGCUACUAAUUAUGAUGCAUAUGGAAAAGAAACUGGAUCACAAAUAAAUUUUUAUGCUAAAUUGUUUGAUGAAAAUUAUCAUCAAUCUUUUGAAGUAGAUAGUAUAAUUAUGAGUAUUGAAAAUGCCUCGACAAUGAGUUACUAUUUGCAUGAAUGA